GAGUCCAGUCUCUCGAUGACUUUCGACACGCUCGCUCGGUAUCGAUCGAUCCGCUGUCUCGUAAUAAAUUUGAAAUAUUUAGAAAUUAUCGAUUUAUCGAAUUUAUCUAAAUCGAUUAGACUGGUAAAGCCGGAGUUAUUCGACUCGCUUGGACGCUAUCGUUCGACCGAAAAUUAACCGAAACAAAGAUCAAACAUUAAAAAUUAACCAGAUCCAUUAUUAAGAAAAACGUUCGUUCGUAAUGGAUUUUUCAACGUUUCUAACGAAUGCCACGAGAAGGCGAAAGUCUAGUAUUCUUCGCGAAUUGGCGAUGAGAUUUAUAGAAGCGAAAGAUGCGAUAAGUCUAGCUAAUGGAAUGCCGAAUACAAAAACUUUUCCUUUCGUCGAUAUCUCCGUAACGUACAAGGGCGGAACAAAAGUAAAACUCGUCGGAGAAGAGUUGUCCUGGUCUCUUCAAUAUGGUCCUUCCCAAGGAUACUUACCAUUGUUAAAAAAGAUGCGAGAAUUUCAAGAAUAUUGGCACAAGCCGAUAUACAACGAUUGGGACGUACUUUUCACGUCUGGAUCGAUGGACGGGUGUAGCAAAAUUUUCGAGAUGACUUUAGAAACAGGCGAUCCUGUGAUGAUUCAAGCACCGACUUACGACGGAAUUCUAAAUGCGCUCGCACCUUUAAUGCCAGAAUUCAUCGAAAUUUCACAAGAUCGGGAUGGUAUAAUUCCGGUAAAUAUAAGAAAAAUUUGCGAAGAAAGACGAGACAGUGGUAAACCAAUGCCAAAAGUCCUUUACACGAAUCCUACAGGAGCCAAUCCAACGGGAACAGUUUUGACAGAAUCGCGAAGAAGGGAGGUUUAUGAAUUAGCCGAUACGUACAACUUUUUAAUCGUCGAGGACGAUCCUUAUUGUUUCAUCCAUUUCGUCGAUAAGAAACCCACCACCUUCCUCGAAAUGGAUACCAAAGGACGUGUAAUACGUUUGGAUUCUUUCAGCAAAAUUCUAAGCGCCGGACUUAGAUUAGGCGUUGUUACAGCGCAUAAAGAUGUUAUUAAAAAAUUAACUACGCAUAUGGAAGCAACGAAUAUUCACGCUUCCUCCUUAUCGCAGGUUUUGCUGUUCAAAUUAUUAGAUGUAUGGGAUUUGGAGAAGACACGGCAACAUUUUAACGACAUUCAGAAAUUUUAUCGCGAAAGACGAGACAUUAUGCUGUCUUUGAUGGAAAAACAUCUUACCGGAUUGGCAGAAUGGAACGUUCCAAAGGGUGGGAUGUUCGUUUGGCUAAAAGUGAAUAAAACGAAAGAUGUAAUGGAAUUGGCAAGGAUGAAGUGUAUUUCCCGAGGGAUUUUUCUUAUUCCCGGUCAUGCGUUUAACCACGACCGCUCGAAACCUGAACAGCAUCUCAGACUGUGCUACAGUUACGCGACACCGCAAGAAAUCGAUAAGGCGCUUUCAACGCUAGCCACGUUGAUACGCGAAGAGAUAAGAAAAUAGAACUGGAAACGAAGUUUUACAGCUAUAAUCAAUUUCGUAAUUCUUUUGUAAUUUUUCGAAUAUGAAUCAUUAAGGAAAUAAAUAUUA